ACCUUAUUUUAGAAGCCGUCCAAAUCUCUCUGUUCACCUAAAUUACCCGGAGACUUUCUCUCUCCGGCGACACAACCAACCCACAUAUACAUACACCACUUUCUCUCUCUAACCUCCACGUAACAUAUUCUUCUUUCACUUCCAUGGAGGAUGUCUGCUUUAUAACCUAGCCCAACUAGUUUUUCUUAUUAAGCUUUUUCCUUUUUGGUCUCCGGUGAAAGUGAAAGUCGCCGGAAUCCGGUGACGGAGCUGGGUAGAAGCGGUCGUGGUAUGAUGGGAUUUUGUAUAUGCCCGUUGGAGACGCCGGCGAGGUUGCUGUGGAGCACAAGUUUUUUCCGUCACAAGCUCAUGAUCUUCUAAUACAAACUUUCCACACCCCCAUUAAAAAAGAAUAAAGCGUCAAAUUAAUCUUCCACUUACUAAGACACCCACGUAGGACUCUUCUUCUGUGACUAUCGACGGCAAAGGUCGCCGGAGAUCUCACACAGAAUACACAGACAAAGAGAGAGAAAAAAAAGAUAAGCUAAGGAGAGAGAAAGUAGUGAUCAGGAUGGAAUCCGGCCGUCUUUUCUUUGACCCCACGUCCGCCUGCCAUGGUGGUAACAUGUUGUUCCUUGGAAAUGGUGAUUCCGUUUUUCGAGGGCCAAGAUCGUCAAUCAUGAGCAUGGAGGAGAGCUCGAAAAGAAGGCCUUUCUUCAGCUCGCCGGAGGAUCUCUACGAUGAGGAAUAUUACGACGAGCAGUUGCCGGAGAAGAAGCGCCGCCUCACUCCCGAACAGGUUCAUUUGCUGGAGAAGAGCUUUGAGGCAGAGAACAAACUGGAGCCGGAGAGAAAAACCCAGCUGGCCAAGAAGCUGGGGCUGCAGUCUAGACAGGUGGCUGUGUGGUUCCAAAACCGCCGUGCUCGGUGGAAGACGAAGCAGCUCGAAAGGGAUUAUGAUCUUCUCAAAUCUACUUAUGACUCCCUUUUGGCAAAUUUUGACUCAAUUCACAAGGAGAAUGAGAAGCUCAAAGCUGAGGUUGCUUCUUUGACGGAGAAACUUCAGGCUAAGGAGGAAGGCGCCGGAGCGCCGCCUCCGGCACAGAAGUCAGAAUCUCUUGCCGGAGACAUGACUGAAAUUAUGGGACUCCAGUUCGGCGUGAAGGCUGAGGACCGGCUGAGCACAGGUAGUGGUGGAAGCGCGGUGGUGGACGAGGAAGGUCCGCAGCUUGUGGACAGCGGUGACUCCUACUUUCAGAGUGUCCAGUACCCCGGUUGCAUGGGCACGGUGGACGGCGUGCAUUCGGAAGAAGACGACGGCAGCGAUGACGGUCGGAGCUACUUCCCGGAUGUGUUCGCAGCCGCCGAGCAGCAGCAGGAGGGCGAGAAUUUGGAGUGUUGGUGGGUUUGGUCUUAAGAAGUGUUGUUGAGAUUGUUGUCACUAGUAACACUAUAAUAUGUGUACUACUCUACAUAAUAUGGUUGGGUGUGUUUAUGUCUCAUUGUAACAUGUUAUGAUAUGUCACUGUUGAUCCGUUAAUAGGUAGUUGCUUCAGGAACAUGCAAGAAGUUUUAUUUCGCAAUCACAUAAUGGACAGAAAUUAAGAUGUAAUACAGUCCCUUGUAAUUGCUGAGAUCUCCAAAGAUGGAUCUAUGGAUAAUGAAUAAAUUAAUAAAAUAAUAAUUGUGUUUCG